AUGGCAGAUCUCAUUGCUGCAGAGAGAGAACUUCUGAAUGAGCUGAGUGAUUUCAUUGACAUGGAGGAAACCAAUCUAAGGAACCUGAAAAGAGUUCUGGAGUUUUUUGCUGUUUCGGAUCGGCUCCCUGAAGAUCCAGAGACACAUAAAUGGUUCCGUGAGAAAUACGUAAGAUUUCCUCAGCAGGAGGAUUUAGAUGGAGCUGCAUUAGGAAUCAUAAGAGUGCAGGAGAUAUAUGGUCUUUAUCCAGAGGAUCUCACUGGAGGCAGUCUGACCGGAAUACCAUCACCCUUAGGCCCAGACGAAGCCUUUCACAUAGCACAAGAGGCAUAUCAACACAGAAGGUUCCAGCUUGCCUUUCUCUGGGCAUCAGAGAGCCUCACACAAGUGGAGAAAGGUGUAGAAGCCGACGUCAUGGAAACUACGUUGCUUGAGUAUCUGGCCUCCUCAUCCUGGCAUUUUGGGGAUUUUAAUGAAGCAGUCUUUUUCCACCAGCAGUUACUGCAGCAUGAUCCGAUGAAUGUGACUGUCAGAGAACAACUCUCACAGUGUGAAACUAAGCUCCUUUCUGAGCCGUCCGCGUUCAUAACCAGUCUUGAGAAGUCGUCAGAUCCCUACAUGGCUCUUUGCAGAGGAGAAGGAAUCAAAAUGACUCCCCAAAGACAGGGGGCGCUGUUCUGCAGAUACAGCACUGGUGGAGGGAACCCUAGACUGAUGUGUGCCCCAGUGAAGGAGGAGGACGAGUGGGACAAUCCACCAAUCAAAAGAUAUCGUGACAUCAUAUCUGAGAGAGAAAUGGAGAUCCUGAGUGCUUGGCUUCAUGAUCAUGAGGAUCCAGUAGUUGCUAGUGUCAAUCAAAGGAUUGCAGACAUCACUGGACUGUACCUGAAAAAUGCCGAAACUUUUCAGGUUGCAAAUUAUGGACUUGGAGGACAGUAUGAACCUCACUUAGAUGCUCUGGUAAGAUUUCCUGUGCCGGGAAGUUUUGAUGAAAAGGCUGGAAACAGAAUUGCUACUGUCUUAAUUUAUCUGAGUGAUGUACAGUAUGGCGGGGCUACAGUCUUUCCUGUCGCUGGGGUAGCAGUGCAACCUCAGAAGGGCUCAGCUGUGUUUUGGUACAAUCUCCUGAGGAACGGGCAGAGGGAUAAUAACACACGGCAUGCAGGAUGUCCAGUCCUCAUUGGCAGCAAGUGGAUCGCCAACAAAUGGAUUCGUGAGAGAGGACAGGAGUUCAGGAGAUGCUGCUCCUUAUAUGAGUCUGAGUAG